AUGAAGAAGUAUUCAUCUUAGAGAUUGCUAUUGACAAAUGAAGAAUUAUUACGUAUUUAAAUUCUAGCUAAAAACUCUUUUCGACCAGCAUCCAAAUAAAGAAUAAAAGAGAAACCACAAAAUGAAACAUAUUAAUUCAAACCUGAAGUAUAGAAUAAAUUGAUUUUAGAUUAACAAAUAAUCUGUAAAUCUAUAAAGAUCUAUAAAUGAUUUAUUCAGAUGGAAUUUAAAUAGAUAAAUGAAGAGAUAAUAGAUAUAUGAUGAUGAAGUAUUAAAUUUUGAUUAAUUUAUAGUCAAGAGAACUAUUUAACAAUGCAAAUAGAUUAACUCAUGAACUUACUAACACUUCUGUUUUUGAUAGAUUAUAUUAAGUACGAAAAAACAGUGAAAAUAUUAUAUGUAAUCUGAAAUUUCAAUAUAAUUAGAACAAUCUAAAAGAAAUACUAGCAAUUUUGGACCUUAUUAUACUAAAAAUAUGACUAGUUCCAUGUAUUAAGAAUAUCAACGUUAAUAAUAGUUAGAAGUAUCAUAAUUCAAAUCUAAAACUAAUGCCACUGAUAGUAAAUAUGAAUUAUCACAUUAAUAAACUCCUAAUCCUAAUUUUCUUGAUUCUGAUUAAUUACCUAUUGCUGUAAAUGAUGUAAUCUCUUAUUCUUGAUAUUCUCUUUAGUAAAUUAAAGUUUCAAUACCUGUUCAUCAAUAUGUAGAUAUAACUGAAUAAUUGAGUAAUUCUAUGAAUGAACCUGAUUCUCCUGCUAAAUCCCCUUUACAUUAGAAAGAUAUCGAAGUCAUGGUUGAAAGGUAUUAAUCUAAUUUACUAGUAAAUAGAUUGAAUAAUUGGUAAGCUAAAAAACAACAAUAAGAACAAUAAGGAUAAUAAGAAGAUUUAAAUCUUAAAUCUUAAAUCAAACCAAAUUUUAUUAAUCAAAACCGAUAACCAUCUUUCGGAACUUCGUAAUCUCAAUCCAAAUCUUAUUCGACUAUGUUCCUAAAUAAUAAUAAUUGA